AUGGAUCGUUCAAAGAUGAUGAAACAAGCUAAGAAACAACUGCUUCCAUCCAUUGAAACUUUGCCAAACGAGCUGCUAACAGAGGUGGUAGCUCGAGUUGGAUCUUCUGCAGUGACUGGCCUAUUCAACCUGAAACAGACUUGUAAACAAUUGUACAGGGCUGGGCUUGACACAGAAGUACUUCGAAGGGUCUCGUUAGAAAAGCUACUGGAAAUUCCAUGGCGGGUUUCACUUGGGUAUCAUUCCUUCAUAAGACAGUGCGAGGAGAAUGGUAACCCAAAAGCCCUGUUCAAGCAAGGAAUGGUGGAAUAUUUUAGUAGAAAGGAAUAUGAGUUAGGGGUUGAGCUACUGAAGAAAGCAACUUAUCUUGGACAUGAAGUAGCUGGAUACAUGCUCGGAUUAAUCCUCUUGUGCACUAAUUACCCACUAAAAGAUCAAGCUUUAGAAAUUCUGAAAAAAGUUGACCAAGGAUGUUCACCAUCAUCAUCAACAAAGCUUAUAAAUUGUCGUAAGCGAUUGCAGGAGAUAAUCUGGGGAAUGUAG